GCUAAAUCUGAGUGGCAACUUUUUGAGAGAUUCGACAAACUCCGCAUAAACUGGAAAUUGAAACCGCUUGUAUCCACCGUCAUUCUGAAGUCCUGGCCAAGAGAUGACAAAGGAACCUAUCUGAAGGAUGAGCAAGUGGUUCUCAAGCAUCUUCUGGGCUGGACAGCAGCUAAGAAUAUCUUUCAGCUUCAUGGUGCUGAUGAAAAACUGACCAGUCAGCUUUCUGAAGAAGCUAAAGAGAAAUUUACCAUGGCAAUAUCAUCAUUCACAAAUAUUUUAAACCAACUUGUAUCAGGGAAAAUAAAAAUUAAGCUACUCAACCACAUCCUGGAAAACAAGAGUGCUUUCUUUGACUUGCUUAAUUUAGAUUGUUUUUGUGACAAUCAACAAUACAGAGGCACCAAUGCCAUGAACAGCCUUCUUGAAUGUAGACAAGAGGAGGUGAAGGCUAUAUAUCAUGAGAAAUCACUGGUGGAUGCUCUCAUUACAGUGUGCCAUAAUCUACAGAAGCAUCCGAGGGUUGAUUUUGAAGGGUUGGAAGACAAAUGCCGUAAUGACAUUGAUGAGAUGGACCUGGACAUGUUUGUGGAUGUCCAUUUAUUAAAUCAGAUUCCCUCUGCAAUAAGAGUAGUCAACUACUUUGAGCUUGAAGAUGAUGUUCGAUCUAUGGCAGAGGUCCUAAACACCUUCAAAGACAGCUACAUCUUCAGAAUGUGUUGGAGGAAUGAGGCAACAAAGUUUGCUCAAGAUUAUGGAGCAGUUUCUUCAGAAGGCGAUGCGGUUAUCACACCGAAAAAGCUUCACAGUGACAUAUUUACACCAUGCUACAAUGCCUACAAAAACAUAUACACAGGGCUUAAAGAUGGCAGCAUCACGUUUGAAAAUAUUGAUGUGACAUUCAGAGACUACAAGGGAAAAUAUAAAGAACUGGGAGCAGAAGUUGCAAUCAUAUGCAGACUGGAUCACAGUGAUGACCGACGUUGGGUCCAGACAAGAGUCCCUCAGAUUGAGCAGUACCAUGAGCUUUAUCUGGCAAUACAGUCAGCUGAGGUGGUCAUGAUGGUCAAAGAGACGCUUUGCCUACAAGGAGACUUUCAAGUCUUGGAGAAGUUGCUUAAUACUAGACACGUGGAUUUUAAAAAGGAGCGUCUUGACAGCAUUGAUGAUGAGUUGGUGCAGGCAAAAAUUGUGCUUGUGGAAAUCACAGAAUCCCGCAGACUGUGCCUUCAGGAGCUCAGCCGCAGAAAGAAUUUUGUCACGUGGGUAAAAGAGGUGCUUCAAGACAUCAAUGAGUUGAAAGUAUUUGUGGAUUUGGCUUCCAUCUCUGCCGGAGAGAAUGAUAUGGAAGUGGAUCGUGUGGCCUGUUUUCAUGAUGCAGUCCUUGGCUACUCCUCAAUGCUCUAUGAUUUGAAGCCAGAUGCUGACUUCAUGCUUUUUAAAGAGACGCUGAAGAAUCUAUGGAAGGCGCUUGACAAUGACCGCAACCUCCCAAAGAAACUGAGUGACUCUGCAAGACACUUAGAAUGGUUGAAGACAGUCAAGGAUAGUCAUGGGUCAGUGGAGACCUCAUCUCUGUCUCUGGCAUCAGCUAUCAACAUGAACGGCAUCUACAUUAUUAGUGCACAAAAUCAAAAGUUGUGCUUGGAAGAUAUUCUGAAGUUACAUAUUAUGGAAGAGCACGAUGAGGGCUGUGAGACACGCAUUUAUUCUUUUGAAGACCUCAGGGAACUUCAGAAUAAAUUAAUGCUAAUGUCGGGCAAAGGAGAUCAGGGCCAGCGUGAAGUCAAUCGAUUUGCAGAGGUCUUUGCUAGUGUACAGAGGUUGGCCUGUGCGUUUAUUGAUUUGUUUGUUGCUGGAAAUCCAUUGUUCAGACACUGGAAGGCAAAGGUCAACUGUAAUAGUAAAGAAGAAUGCAUUAUUAUGGACCUCGAUUUAGGAAGUGUUGUUAGUGUCAUGAUUGAAGGUGAUGUCACAGAACAGUUGCCGGAAGUCUGCCGGAAAAUGGAGAGCUGUUUAUGCUUCUGGAAGGCUUUUAUGGAUAAGCAGAGAUCUCAGCAUUAUUACUUAAACUAUUUUACGUCAGAACAGGUGGUCUACCUGUGCAGCCAGCUCACCCAGAAAAACGACACUGAAUUGAAAGAUCAAGUUCUUAUGAUGCUCUCCUUUAUCAAACCUAAUUGGUCCUUUUCAGAUGUGACACAAGCUUGGCACAGGCUUCAGUAUGAAGUAAUUAAGAAGGACCUUAGGCAAAAUGAUGACUUAGAAUUUCAAACGUUCGCAGAAGUUCCCAGCAUGAUUAAACAUGAUUUGAAUACUGAUGAGCCAUGUGCAUUGUUUGACAACUUGGCAAGUCAGCUGAGGCAUGCUAAUGGGUCAGAAAAGCUAGAUGUGAUUUGGAAUGCUUACAUGCGAGACAUGAACAACUUCCUGCCAGACUGCCUUGACGUCAGAAGCCUUGGAUAUCUUCUUGAAAUGUUAGCCAACAGCCCCAGUCAAUAUGAGAGUGAUUCCAAACAGGAUGAGAAAACAAGUAAUAUUCAGAGAGAACUGCCAAAUGGAAUGGCUACUGGAAAACCAAAUCUGAUAAUCUGCCCUUCUGAAGAAAUUCUAAUAACAUGUAUUUCAAUGUACAUGAGAAGCAGAAAAGAGCCUCUACCAACCUAUGAUGAAGUACUUCUCUGUAGCGCUUCCACUCCAUAUGAAGAAGUGGAGCUUUUCCUCAGGCGUUGUCUCUCUGAUGGCUAUAGGGGAAAGAAAAUAUACACAAUGCUCUAUGUGGACCAACUUACCUAUGAAGUGAGCUACAAAGUGGAGCAGUUUUUUCACCAGCAAAAUGCACAAAGCAGAAAUGAUUACAGACUGGUGUUGGUCUGCAGCUCUAAUAAGGAACAUGCAUACCUUCCCUCUGCUUUUAGUCAGUUUAGAUUGCACUUGGUUCCCCAAGAACCUAUGAUCAAUAUUCAGCAAUACCUUGUUAGGCAUUUUACAGUCCCAGCUGACAUAUCCAGUGCUGCUGCUGUGUUCAAAGACAGACAGUUUGUGGGAGUUGUAUUCUCUGAAAGGUCAGGAGUCGGGAAAUCACUUUACGUUAAACGAAUGCAUGAGAAAUUAAAAACGAUCACCGAUAAGCCUACACAGCUGAAGUGCAUCAGGUUAACUGAGCCGAGAGUUGAUGAAAAUAUCAUCCUUAAGUCCUUGCUCAACAACUUCAAGAAACGGGAACUUUCAGUUUAUCAUUUUGACAUCACCACCAUGGUGAAGACAGGACUUCAUGAAUUUCUGUUUAGGCUAUUGAUUCUUGGUUACCUCAUAGACUCGGAAGGAAAUAUGUGGAAAAGGAAUAAUGAGCACCUGUAUGUAAUUGAGAUACUAAGACCAGAUUGCAGCACAUCACAACGUGACAGAAAAACUGGUGCUUUCAUGGAUGUGUUUCAAAGUGUUUACUGCCGUCCACCUAAAGAGGUCCUUGAGCUAGAAAUGAGAAUCCAGGAAGAUCCGUCAUUAGUAGAGGGUGAUGAUCCCCUCAUGGAUGACCAAGAGUUCCAAAGUGAGGCCUACCAGCGGCCCUAUCAGUACCUGCAACGUUUCUACAAUGGUAUUAAUUUGGAUACCUUCAGGUACCAAGGAGUUGAGGGCACUCAUGUUGAAUGCCUUCAGAUGUUGUUUGUGUACUGCGGCAUCGUAGACCCGUCUUGGGCAGAGUUGCAGAAUUUUGCUUGGUUCCUAAACUUACAACUUAGGGAUUGUGAGAACUCCGUUUUCUGCGAUGUUUCUGUUAUAGGUGACAUUUUGUUGGGAUUUAAAAAAUUUGUUGUUGAUUUCAUGAUUCUCAUGGCAAAGGAUUUUGCCACUCCUUCACUUAGCAUCUCUGACCAGAGUCCAGGAAGACCACAAAAUGACCUUUCUUCAGCCAAUGAAGAGGAUCUGGCUCCCUUUAGGAUAAGAAAACGAUGGGAGUCAGAACCACAUCCAUAUAUUUUCUUCAAUGAUGACCAUGAGUCCAUGACAUUCAUUGGCUUUCAUCUUCAGCCAAAUGCACAGAAAAGGAUUGAUGCUAUUGAUCCAUUAACAAAAAGAGUGAUCAAGCAGAACAUCAUGACCAGAGAGCUCUAUGAGGGCCUCAAACUACAGAGAGUUCCUUUUAAUAUUGAUUUUGACCAGCUUCCACGACAUGAGAAAAUUGAGAGACUUUCCAGAGUGUUGGGAAUACAGUCUCCCACUGACCCAGAUGAAACAUAUGAGCUUACCACAGACAACAUGUUGAAAAUUCUGGCAAUUCGCAUGCGCUUUCGCUGCGGGAUUCCCGUUAUAAUCAUGGGUGAGACCGGAUGUGGGAAGACCAGACUAAUCAAAUUCCUUUGUGAGGUGCAUAGAGGUGGAAUUGCCACUGACAAUAUAAAAUUAGUCAAGGUUCAUGGGGGGACAAGUUCAGACAUGAUUUACACCAAAGUGAGAGAAGCAGAGGACAUGGCGUUAAGAAACAAGCAGAACUCUGGAUUAGACUCUGUUUUGUUUUUUGAUGAAGCAAACACAACGGAGGCCAUUAGCAGCAUUAAGGAAGUCCUCUGUGACAACACUGCUAUGGGACAGAAUUUGACAGAUGACACUGGCUUGCAAAUCAUUGCCGCUUGCAACCCAUACAGAAAACACACAGACAUAAUGAUCAAGAGAUUGGAGUCAGCUGGUUUGGGAUACAGAGUUCGUGCUGAGGAAACAGAUCAAAAACUUGGAUCCAUUCCACUUCGCCAGCUAGUGUACAGAGUGCAGGCCUUACCACCUAGUAUGAUUCCACUAGUUUGGGACUUUGGACAGCUCAAUGACCAUACUGAAAAAAUGUACAUCAAGCAAAUAGUCGAAAGGGUAGCUGAAACCCAUUCCAUUGAUUCAGACUACAUCACAACCAUUACAAAUGUUCUGUCAGCCUCACAGAAGUAUAUGCGAACAAGACAGGAUGAAUGUAGUUUUGUGAGCCUUAGGGAUGUGGAGCGCUGCAUGCAAGUUUUAGGCUGGUUCUACAAAAACCUCCCAAUGUUACUCUCAGAGCUUGCCCAGUUUGAAAGUAAUCAGAGAGCAGAGAGAAACUGUCAACAUCAGAGGGAUAUUGAUGAAAGAAACCCAAUUCUUUGGUCGUUAAUUAUGGCUGUUGGUGUAUGUUACCAUGCCUGCUUGGAGGAUAAAGAGAAAUACAGAAAAAAAAUUUGCGGGUACCUUCCAAAGACUUACAGCCCAAUGAAAGUGAUGCAAGAGAUCUCCGUUAUUCAGGGUCUUUUUUUGAGUGGUGUUCCGUUGGGUGAAACCAUUGCCCGAAACAAUGCCUUGAAGGAAAAUGUCUUCAUGAUGGUGAUUUGCAUUGAAUUACGAAUACCUCUCUUUUUGGUUGGAAAACCUGGAAGCUCCAAGUCCUUGUCUAAAACUCUGGUUGCAGAUGGCAUGCAAGGCCAAGCAGCCCAUUCUGAUCUGUUUAGAAAACUGAAGCAAAUUCAUCUAGUUUCCUUCCAGUGCAGUCCUCAUUCUACACCAGAUGGGAUUAUCAAUACAUUCAAGCAAUGUGCCCGUUUUCAGGAAGGCAAGAAUCUAUCAGAGUAUGUCUCAGUGGUAGUUCUAGAUGAGAUAGGCUUGGCUGAGGAUUCCCAGAAAAUGCCUCUGAAAACUUUACAUCCUUUGCUGGAAGAGGGAUGCAUAGAUGAUCAGCCGGUACCACACAAGAAGGUGGGAUUCAUCGGUAUCUCGAACUGGGCUUUGGACCCAGCCAAAAUGAAUAGAGGGAUAUUUGUUUCACGUGGUGAUCCUGAUGAAAAGGAGUUGAUUGAGAGUGCAAAAGGAAUAUGUUCCUCGGAUGCCAUGAUCCUUGAAAGGGUGAGAGAUUACUUUCAGCCAUUUGCCCGUGCUUACCUGAACAUCUGUAAAAAACAGGGAAAAGGUUUUUUUGGCCUGAGAGACUAUUACAGCUUGAUAAAGAUGAUGUUCACUGUUGCCAAAGCUAAUGAUCAGAAACCUACUGCAGAACAGAUUGUGAGAGCUGUGCUGAGGAACUUCAGUGGCAAGGAUAAUGUGGAUGCUGUUGCAGUUUUCACCAGCAAACUAAAUAUCAAACCCAAACUUGAGAAUGUCAGUACCAUUGAGCUUGUAAGAGAGAACAUCACAGCCAUUGGUCAAGAUGAGGAAUGCAGAUACCUGCUGGUUCUGACCAAAAACUAUGCAGCCCUUCAAAUUCUUCAGCAUAUGUUUUUUUCAGACCUGUGCCAACCAGAGAUUAUCUUUGGUUCAAGCUUUCCAAAAGACCAGGAGUAUACUCAGAUAUGCCGCAACAUUAACCGUGUGAAGAUCUGUAUGGAAACUGGACAAACCAUUGUGCUUCUGAACCUGCAGAACUUGUACGAAAGUUUGUAUGAUGCUCUUAACCAAUAUUAUGUUUGGCUUGGAGGUCAGAAAUAUGUGGAUUUGGGGCUUGGAACUCACAGAGUCAAAUGCAGAGUGCACAGAGAUUUCAGACUCAUUGUCAUUGAGGAGAAGGAUGUUGUAUACAAGCAGUUUCCCAUUCCAUUGAUCAACAGGUUGGAGAAACAUUAUCUUGACAUCAAUACCAUACUAAAAAGUGAGCAAAAGGACCUUGCUGAUAAGCUGAAGCAGUGGGUUGCAUGCUUCAUUGCAGCUAAAAGCAAUCACUCAAUUGCUCCCCAAGUAUGCUGCUACCGUCCUGCUGAUGCUUUCGUUGGCUACCACUCUGACACCUGUGCCUCUGUUGUCCUGCAAGUUACAGAGCAGCUCAAAGGGCAAAUUUCAGAUGAUUCGAAGAGGAUUUUAGAUGAGGCUAAAUUGAUCCUUUUGAACUGUGCUACACCAGAUGCAGUGGUUAGGCUAGACUGCACUUCACUCCCCAAAGUAGAAACUGAGCAGUUGUCAAGGGUGUACUUUGAAGACCAGAAGCAUAGCUCACUUGCUGACUUCAUCCUUUCUCAAAUUCAGCAAGCAGGGCCUAGCCAUGCCUUUUUCACAGAGGUAACUACAUUCUCAAGACUUCUGACCGCAACAGAAACUGAACAGCUACAGGACAUAGUUCAAAACAUUGAGCUCCUCUCAUUACAGCAGUUUGACAUGGAAAACUCAUUCCUCAAGACAAUCAGGAAUUAUUUGGAAAACACCACUGGAGAUAAGAUACUUAUCAUCCAAACCAAUUUUAAUGAAAGCACCCAAAGUUUAAAUUUCAUUGCAUCUGCUAAAUAUUCUUCUCUCAAUGAAAUCAACAAAUUCAGGGAUUCAGAGUCCAAUGGAAAGAUUUUUGUGUACUUCAUCACUAAGCUACCCAGAAUGGAUGGUGGAACUUCCUAUAUUGGAUUUCAUGGUGGCCCUUGGAGGUCAGUCCACAUUGAUGACCUGAGGACAUCGAAAGACAUUAUCUCUGAUAUAAAAGCCUUGCAGUGUCUGACCAUCAGCCAGUUGUUUGAAGAUAAAUCAGAGAAAACAGAUGAGCCUGAAGCUAUGGAGGUUGAAGACAUGCAUACAGAAGAAGAGAAGAUGGAACUCGAAGACAAUACUGGCUGGGAGAAUGUUUUAGACACCAACGUGUUGGUUCGUAGCUGUGUUCAGAGUGCAGUUGGCAUGCUAAGAGAUCAGACAGAGGCAGGUACCCGCAGCACCAAGAGAGUAGAGAUUCUUCUAAUGCUCUUGGAUGACAAUGAGAGUCUACAAGCUGAAUUUAUCAAAGCUUUAAAGAAACGGCUUCAUUCUCUAUUGAUGGCUCACGAUCAAAACACAAUCUCUGGCAAGAGUUGGGUCUCCAAGGAAGCACUAAAUAUUGAUGCAUUGCAAGAGGGGGGGACUUUUAGACAUGCUCUUUGGAGACGAGUUCAAGCAGUAGUAACUCCAUUUUUGGCACAGCUUGUUUCAAUUAUUGACCGUGACUGCAAUCUAGACCUCUUGCUGGAUAGAAACGCUGAUGAAUCCUUGAGGAAAUUGUGGCUGGAAAUUUUUGGAGAUGUCAAGUUACUGAAUGUUCCUUACACAAGCCUAGACAACAACUCAGAGAAGACAAUCUUGGUUCAAAACUACAUUGCAGUUGACAGCAAUGUGGGUUGCACCAUGCCUUUCAGCUGGAGAAUUAAAGAUCAUCUAGAGGAACUCUGGGUACAUGCUUUUCAGCAAGAAGGACACUCUCUAGAUCAAUUUGAAGAGUUUUUUUGGAAGAUCCCCUUGGGCGGGUACAUCUCUGAAGCAACCCAAGAGAUGCAGAUGGAAUUUUUCCACAGGUAUCUCCAGGAUUUCAUCUCCAUGACCAUGAAAGUAACAUCAGUGGUGAAUCUCGAGCUCUUAUGUGGAGCCCUUACUUGUGGUGUAAAUGAGCUUAAGGGUAGUCAGGAAAUCCAUGAGAGUGAAGUUAUUUCUCUGCCGUGGGUUCAUGCUGCCUACCAUCGCUUCAAGAACCGAAUACAGAACGUCUACAGGAUGAUCAGUAUAGAGCCUCAGAUUGCUCAGAGGCUUCUAGAUAACACAUGUGCCAGAGAAGGAACAGAACUGGUGUUAGAUGUGUACACUGCAUUGGCCUGUAUUGAAUGCCUGGAGCCCCAGGCUCUAGAUGAAGAUGGUCAAAGUCUGGCCUGGCUUAGACGUGUUAAAAAGCUACAGGUGCCAAUUGAGCUGGUCUGCUGUGAGGAGAGCCUUCGCCACUAUGGAGAGAAAAGCAACCGGAUUGUCACUCACAUCCAACAUGGCUGGCGUCGCAUAUACUCUCUGGCCUUGUUUGUGCAGCACAUGCUAUUGGGUGUCGAGGAUGUGCAUUCGAACCUCAGGCCACUGGUUCUUGACCACACACGACGCCUAGCACAAGACUCAAUGUAUGAUCGGACACAAUGGCACUCUGUGUCGGAGCAGCAGAUCUGUUUGGAGGAGGAAACACGCUUUCUGCUGGAGUUCCUUCACUCUGAUUCUGUGUCUGCACACACUGCAUCUAUAGAGCACCUGCAGCAGGUGGCCAGAGUUCGAUUGUGCCUGGAUAUGGCUGCUGACCUGCUCUUUAACAGACAUUGCAAAAGCACACCCAUGAAGAAAGCUGUUUAUCUGCUAAUGGCUUUGUUCAGAGAAGUCACCUUCCUGUACAGAAAUGGAAACCCCAACUCGGACCCUAAAUCUGAGCAAUGGGCUGGCCUGGAAGAUUUUAUCAGAAGCACAGACAUCUUUGUCAAUGAUGAAACAAAGGCGUUUGCUAAAGGACUGGUGAAUAAUCAUCUGCAUGCUCUGCGUGUGCAACCUCAGAUGUCAGGCAGAGAGCUUCUUCUGGUGGAGGUUACAGUUCACAUGGCUGCAGUUCUCUUGUGUGGAAAUCUGCCUUUACUGGAGCCCCUGCAGCAGCUGGCACUGUCCCCAAACAACAUGACGGCUUCAUUCAUUCCAACUAUGCCGGACGACAUGUUGGCUGUUGCCCAGCAGGCCAUAAAAGGCCCGCAUGGCUUGAAAGUCCAGUGGUAUUCCUGUCCUAAUGGUCAUCCAUGCAUUGUUGAUAUGUGUGGUCUGCCCAUGGAGGUUGCCCGCUGUCUAGAGUGUAAUGCAGAAAUAGGCGGUAUAGACCACAAACCUGUUGACGGCUUCCAAACCAUGCAGAUACA